AUGAUAAUGCAGUUCUUGAAUAAGAAUGGCCCACAUUCCAAGGGUGACUCCCAGGUCCCGGGGACAUAUGACUCCCAGCCAGAUUUCAGUGAAAUGGAAGCAGUGCUGCCAACACAAGCUGUAGGAGCACUGUGGUGGGGUCAGGGAGGAGACGAGCAAAUUUGGGAGCAGAUUGGAUCCAGCUUCAUUCAACAUUACUACCAGUUAUUUGAUAACGACAGAACCCAACUAGGCGCAAUUUACAUUGACGCAUCAUGCCUUACGUGGGAAGGACAGCAAUUCCAAGGGAAAGCUGCCAUUGUGGAGAAGUUGUCUAGCCUUCCGUUCCAGAAAAUCCAGCACAGCAUCACAGCACAGGACCACCAGCCCACGCCAGAGAGCUGCAUCCUCAGCAUGAUUGUGGGCCAGCUUAAGGCCGAUGAAGACCCCAUCAUGGGGUUCCACCAGAUGUUCCUAUUGAAGAACAUCAAUGAUGCUUGGGUUUGCACCAAUGACAUGUUCAGGCUUGCCCUGCACAACUUCGGCUGACCUCCUCCAAGCCAGGCACUCAUGCUGUUUCCUCCUCCCUCCUCUUCCAGAUACUAUUCACACUCCUCCAGAUGCUCCAAAUAUCAUACACAAAUGAGCAGGACCAAGGUGGG